AUGAAUCUCACAGGAAGGACCCGGGGUAGAGAUAUUUUUGAGAGGAGUGAGGAAAAGAGCAAUGGACCUUCAGAUAAGACACUAACGUUCUUUGACUUUGGAGGACAGUGUGCAUACUACGCUUGUCAUCAGAUUUACCUCACAAGGAGAGCCUUUUACAUUGUGGUUGUAGACGCCUCUAAAGACCUUAACCAGGUGGUAGAUAAGGAGGUGUGUGACCAGACGGACACCGUGUUCUCUGGAUGGACAUACAAAGAGUACUUUGUGUUUUGGUUGAAAUCUAUCCACACCUAUUGUUCAUCUGUAAAACAAAGAAGUGACGAACAAGUAGAAGUACUUAUUGUAGCAACACACUGGGAUAAAUCAUUAUAUAAUAACAAAGAUUUUCUUUUGCAAUCAUUAUACAAUGAAUUACCGAACGAUUCUGACACGAACCAGUAUAUAAGAGAAGACAGAUGUUUCUUAGCACGCUUUCCAGCCGCUCAACCCUUAGUUGAUCUAGAGAAAUGCAUCAUAAAUAUCACAUUAAACGCAAGGUGGAGCGAGAAGAUACCUCACGAAUGGGUUUUCCUUAGUGAUGAAAUCAAUGAAAAGAGCAAAAAUCAACCGAUAUUAUCAUUUAAUGACCUACAUAGAAGGUUGCCGGUCCAAGAAGAUGCCAAAACGGAAAAUGCUGUUGACAUGCUUCGAUACUAUCAUGAUGCCGGAAAAUGUCUUUUCUUUAAUGAGAAAGGUCUUCAAGAAUCAGUAAUCAUAGACGUCCAGUGGUUCAUAAACGCAUUCAAAACCAUCAUUACAGACAAGUUACACGUGAAAGGGAUACACGCAAGUAAAAUAGACUGGAAGGAAUAUUACGAAACAGGAAAUCUGAAAGAUACACUUUUAGAUGGAAUCUGGGAACUAGAGGAUAAGAAUUCACAGGUGUUAGAAAAAAACGAUGAAAUUAAAAGAAAUGGUGGACAUUAUUUGGAUUACAAGACAACCUUGCUGAAUUACAUGAUGAGGCUAGGAUUGAUAGCCGUCGGAAAGGAAUGUCAUUAUGUGCCUUCUAUGAACAAAAAGAAGUUUGACAUCGCACAGAAAGAAUUUAUUCAAAACACAGAGUCAAAAACAUCCGUUUUGGUGUUCCAAUUUGACUUCCUGCCUUUUUUUUUAUUUUAUCGCCUUGUUGUGACAUUAAUGCAAGUAGAAGGAUUGGAGGUCUUAAGAAGUAAAGGAACAAAAUGUCUGUACAAAAACACAGCAAUGUUUAACUGCAGUGGUCAUUAUCUGGUAGUUGCUGUUACAUGUAACUCUAUCCAGUUUCAAAUUUUGCACUCUGAAGCUGACGGAUGUUUGCAAAAAGAAAUAACAGUAGCAAUUAGACAAUGCAUUGACGAAAUUUUGAUGGAUAUCACAAAUACGUUUCACAAACAUCUUUCGUAUACGACUGGAUUUACUUGCCUUGAAAAAAACAAUCAGAUAAUUGGUAUAGAAAUCGAUGAUAAUUUUAUUGAGGAGAAGAAGUUGAGGACAGGAACCUCAAUGAAUUGUCCUCUGCACCAGUUAGAUGACCGCCAUAAAAUCAAUCCUGAUUAUUUGACGGAGUUUUGGAAGUAACUAAAAAUUUUUGAACAUAAAUCUGAUGAAUUGGUUAUCUUGGAUCCAUUGCCUUCAACAAUGGUAAUUCAUUGCAAAGAAUGUUUUAACUACCGGAAAAAUAGAUGAUUAUCCAUUUGGAUUGAUAAACCAACAUGCCAUUUCAAAAUUUCAACGAUGUAUUU